AAACAAUCCCUGAGUUGUGUAUCGUUGCGAUGGCAACGGCUCCACAACGGGGAAUUAGCUCAGAUGGUAGAGCGCUCGCUUAGCAUGCGAGAGGUAGCGGGAUCGAUGCCCGCAUUCUCCAAAACAUUUUCCCCUUAAAUCAUUUCCUAUUUUAAGAGAAUUUAAGUGUUUUGUCACAUUAGUAACAAUAACAUACAUAGAAGUAACUCGGUCAAAAACAAACGUUUUAAUUUGCAACAUAUCUUAUUUCGAGUUUAUGCUAAUACAUACAAGGAGAAACGCAGAAUGCAGGCUAUCAAUUUCAUAUAUGGGCACGUAAACAUGGCAUCCCCUGACGUGAGUCUUCUAAAAACAGCGCACACAGAUAGUGGGCCUUUGCCACUAGUUACCUCAUUAUAGAAAGAACAGACACACAGUUGGGUAACGGCGAGGGCCCGAGUCCACCCGCGAGCAACAACUGGAACAAUUUCAUUUUUUCGCUCCCAAACGAUCUCAUUUCAAUCUUCGGUGGAGCCACAGGCCGUCAAAUCAGGAUGGACAGCUUGGAGAAGCAGCUUAUUUGUCCCAUUUGUCUGGAAAUGUUCACGAAACCCGUUGUGAUUCUUCCUUGUCAACACAAUCUCUGCCGGAAAUGUGCUAAUGACAUUUACCAGGCUUCAAAUCCAUACCUUCCCACCAGAGGAGUGUCAUCAGGUGGCCGUUUCAGGUGUCCAUCCUGCAGGCAUGAAGUUAUACUGGACCGUCAUGGAGUCUACGGUCUGCAGAGAAAUCUUCUGGUGGAAAACAUCAUCGACAUGUACAAACAGGACUACAUCAGCAGACCAUCUCCUGAGAGCAAGGCUGACCAGCCAACGUGUGAGGUCCAUGAAGGCGAGAAAAUCAACAUCUACUGCCAGACCUGCAGCGUUCCCACUUGUUCUAUGUGUAAAGUGUUUGGGUCUCACAAGGACUGUGAAGUGGCUCCCAUUAACGGUGUAUACCAGACAAAAAAGACAGAGCUCACGGAUGGAAUAGCAAUGAUGGUGGGUAAUAAUGACAGGAUCCAGGGCAUCAUCAGUCAGUUGGAGGAGACCUGCAGGACCUUAGAGGAAAAUGGAAGGCGACAGAAGUCCCAGGUGUGUGAAAAGUUCGACCACUUGUAUGCCAUUCUGGAGGACCGGAAAAGAGAGAUUCAUCUGAAAGUGGCCAGCGAACAGGAAGAGAAACUUAACUACAUUCGUGGUCUCUCAAAGAAGUACGGAGAUCAUCUGGAGUCCACGACCAAAAUUAUGGAGACGGGAAUUCAAACGUUUGAUGAACCUGAGAUGGCGGUUUUCUUAAAGAGUGCCAAAUCCCUGUUGCAAACAAUUGCAGAGGCAUCGAAUACCUCCCACCUGGAGCAAGUGGAGCAUGGCUACGAGAGCAUGGAUCAUUAUUCUGUGAGCUUCAAGAGAGAGGCCAGGGCUCUACGCAAUAUUGACUUCGCAAGAGAGGAUGAAGAAGAGGAGGAUGAAGAGGAGGUGUCAGCUGAUGCAGCAGCUCAGGCAGAGAAGACAGCCUCUGGAGGUUUGGACACGCUGGGCAAUUUGGAGGAACCCCGACCUCCCCUCCUGCCUCCACAAACCCAUGGAAAACAUACACCUGCCACGUCAUCCUAACUUCUACCAUUUGCUUUUAUCAUUUACACAUACCCGGACAUUCAAAUAUAGAUCCCCUCUUCUCCUUGCAACCUGAUCAGAAACACAUGAAUACCUAUAGAACUAUGACUGUGAUCACACUAACUAUAAGUGACUGUGGUUACUAUUUUACACAAACCCGAAUGAUGCUUUUACUGUUUUUUUUUCUGUUACUGUUUAAAAAAGUCAGUAUAUGACUAAAUUAAAAUGAAGUUGACUUAA